AUGAUAACUGCGUCAUUCCUAUCCAGUUUAUACGUCAUUACCUUCAUCCUUACCGUAAUUACAGGAUCAGCCAUUGGCAUCUCCUAUGUGAUAACAAAGCAUCUAAUCGGAUGCUAUUUCUCUAAAUCCAUCACAACAACCUACGAUAUGUCUUCCAUGGGCAACUCCUUCAUCUUCGUGGCUGUUGUUCCCUCGAUACAGCUCUUCCUGGAUACCUACGGCUGGAGGGGAACAAUGCUACUACUUGGAGCAUUAUUAUUACAUAUCGCUGUCGUUGGAGCUCUGGUGAAACCACCUGCAGCUAGUAGGAGUCAAGAUGGUUAUGAGGCAGCUCUCACAGACGAGGAGCAAGAGACCAGGGACGAUGAUGUAGUACCAAGCAACCGCUUUGGCUGUUCUUGUUUUACCAAAGUCUUCUCAUUAACUAGAGAUACAUUGCAGCUUGGAUUGUUCUCAUCCAUAUCAUUCUGGCUGGUUUUGUUUGUGUUAACUGUGUUUGAAAUGACAUAUUCUGUAUGGUUAAUAUAA